AAACGAAAUCUUGGCAGUCGUGUGGGGAAAUCAUUCACGAUCAGUCGAAUACGUGUAUCUAAUAGCCCUUCGGAUGAGGACGACGAUGAGGACGACGAGGAUGAUUUAAUCUCGGACGAUGAGGACAAUUUGAAACUGUGGUCUAUUUCGUCCCAGGAGUCUAAUCAUUCAACCCCGGGACGAAUUGAACGUGGUCCUCUCAGACUUGCUGGAACUAGUCAAUCGGGUCAGGAAUUCCGGAAGUCAUGUGCUUCCCUGAAUGACACCGAACUGACAAUUCGCGGAACCGGGUUCGAUCAGUCGGCCGAGGAGAUGGAUGAUUUGUUGAUCGAUUACUCACUGAAUACGACAGACACGGAAACCAGUGUAAAUGACGACGAUUAUCGUGAUGAUCAUGAUCAUGACGAUCGAAGUAGAGACCAUAAAGAGGACGCGGACGACUUUAUUGAUUUCUCGGAUCUACCUUUGUCCGGUUCCCGGGCCUCAACACAAACUCAUCUGACCGGGCACAAUGGACGACAUACGGCACUCCUGUCCAGCACGUAA